AUGACGAUGCCGCCCAGCACGUCGUCGGCGGCCGACGGGAGACCUAUUUCUGAGGGUACUGUAGCUGGCAUUUGGCUGUGUCUUGGGGGAUUCAGAAAUGUUUGAAAGGGGGAAAAAAAUGUAUAUGAAUAUUUUGAAAAAAAGAUUCUGAUUUUUAGAUCUGAUUUUUUUAAAAAUUUUUUUUAAAUAAUUUUUUUCAGAAGGUUUCGGUAUCACAAUGAAUAUUUUUUUCUCAUAAAGUAUCGCUUUUCAAUAUUUUUUUCAAGUGUAACGUUUUGAAAGUGUAAGAUAAAUCGAAGUUUUUAAAAAUAAAAAUAAUCAAACUUGAUAAAAAAAGCUCCACGAAAAAUUCAUUAAAUAUCUUCUUAUUCAUUUUAAUAAUAAAAAGUAGAUGAAGAAAAAAUUCGACUACUGUUUCGUGCGUUUUCGGUAUAGAAUUGCGUCAGUCCGCAACGCGGUGUAUUUUGAUUUCGAAUAAAUUUAAAUUUGGAUGGUACGAUUUUAUCUCAAGUCCGCAAAUCUCCGGAGGCGUUAUCUCAGAGUACCGUAAUCUCAAGGCCCAUAAUCUCCAAAACCACUUAUCUCCGAAAACAAAAAACUUCUAUUUUCUUUCUCUGAUUUGCAUUUUAUUAUUAUUUUUUUCUUGCGUUGUGCUCAGAAUACAAUCUCCGAACGAAACUGCGUACGAAAGCCAAAUAUUUUUGUUUUUCAAACUUUUUUAUUUUUUCCACUGAGUGAAAAUAGUUUUCAAUUUUUCAAAUCGACAUUUCUUUCUAUUUUUUCUUGUCCUUCAGUAUCUCUGAUCAGUUUUUCAUGUUGACAGCAAAGAAAAAAAGAGUGAAACUCGAACUACCAAUUAACUCAACUUGGAAUUGUUCAGCUUUUCAUUAAAAGUAGAAACUUUAUGAAUAAAUUAGGGUUCGGCGAAAAAUUUCCAUCGGAUAUUGUAUUCUGAGCACAACACAAGAAAAAAGUGAAAGAAAAUGCGAAAAAGAGAAAGAAAAUAGAAGUUUUUUGUUUUCGGAGAUAAGUGGUUUUGGAGAUCAUGGGCCUUGAGAUUACGGUACUCUGAGAUAACGGCUGCGGAGAUUUGCGGACUUGAGAUAAAAUCGUACCAUCUAAAUUUGAAAAUUUUUAGUUUCUUUUUGUAAAUAUUUACAAAUAUUUAAACAAAUUCGAACAUUUCUUUUUCACAAAUUUAAAUUUCGAAUUUGCCAUCUCGUAUUUUUUGUAUAAAUUCAGGUCCAGGUUUGUUUGUUUUUAAUGAUUUAUUUCAAUUUCACUUUUUUCAUCCUUCUUUUAGUUUUUUAUUUUCGGCUUUUUAUUCAAAGUUCCUGUAUUUAAUUUAACAAGUUUGUAAUUAUAUAAAUGUAAAAGCAACUUGUUCUCAUUCAUUUUCAUGAUAAUUCUCAAAAAUUUUUAUUCAAUACGCUGAUUUUUACCAUAAAAAAAGAAGAAAUGACAUGAUUUCGAUACGUUUCAAAACUUUCAUAAAAGGAAAAAUUCCUUCUUUGUGUACUGACAUAAUUAGGAGCAACAGAUUCCAAUGGAUAUUUUUCGUAUUUUUUUCAAUAAUGAAUGAUUCAGUUAUAUACAUAUUUUUUUGGUAUCCGAUUAAAAAUUUUGAUGAAAAAAAGGCUAAAUUGUACUUUAGAACUUUCAAGCCUAGCUAAAAAAAUCUGGAAAUAUUAAUUAUUAUUAUAUUUGAUUUUUCGAAAAAAAUGUAGUUUCAUUUAUGUUAAUUUUAUACAACGCUUUAAAUUCAUAAAAAAACAAUUUCGCCUCUUAUUUUUGCGAAUAUUAAGCGUUCAACUCGGAUAAUAUAUUUUUAUUUAUUUUUUUGUCUUUUUGAUUCGUCUAGAAGUUGAUUUCAUUUAAUCCAAGAUUCAUUUAAAUUUAUUUUGUGAAACAGUAAAGUUGAGGAUAAUUUAAUUGAAAAAUUCCCAAAAAAAGUUUUUUUGUUUUAUUUUUUUCCUCAUUUUUUUCCUCAAUUUCUAGCUCCUGGACUCGAAAAAUUUUUGAGUAAAAAAAUUAAGAAAUUUUUAUAUUUUCUCAAUCCAGAGGGUUUUAGGGUGAUAAGAAAAACAAGCUAAUUUUUUUGAACGGCGAAUUCUCCGAUUUUUUUCUUAUUCCUAUCUAUUUUAUAAAGGAAGGUUCAAAUCAAAGAGUUUAUCUAGAAAAAAAGUCGGAAACGUUCGAAAAAUUCGCUAUUUUUUUAGAAAUGAUAUUGGUAAAAUAGUGGAACUUCAAUCAUCCUAAAUCACAUAAGUUUCAAUGAUAAUUUAAAAAAGACUUCGAAAAAAAGUUCAAAGCAAUAGGAGAAUCCAUAUUUAUCGAAUAAAAAUAUAUGUUUGAGAAGAUUCCGAAGAUAAUUGUGUAAUUAAGAGCGUCUUAAAAUACAUCACUGUUUCAAUGAUUCAACAAAAAAAAAUUUUAAAAGAUUCAUAAAUCUUCGAAGCUGUUGUGUAGUUUGUCAAAAGGUAUUUUUGAGAGAGUAUUUGUGAUAACUUUAAUUAUUUUUAGUGGCCACUAUAGGGUUUUGACGUUUUAUUGGCUACUAUAGUAGUCAAAUUAGUGUCAACUAAAGGGGUUUAACAUUAGUGGUCACUAUAGAAGUCUAAGUGCUACUACUAGACCACUUAAGUGUUAAGUGGCCGCUUUAGGGGUCAUUGGAUCAACAUAACUGGUCCAAUCUGUUUGUUUUGAAAUUAGAGUUACUGGAAGGAAUACUCGGUGAAAAACUACUGAAGUGGCCACUAAAUAAAGAACCUCUAUAGUGGCCACUCAAUAUUUUCCCAGUACUCAGGCAAGUAAAGGACUUAACUGGUCCAGGAGGAGGGGAUGACUUUCAAAAUUUUUGAAAAAGGUAUGAAAAUUAGUUUUAAUGGGGAAGCAGUACUGACUUUAAUUUAUAAAAACUCGAAAGCGGCCUUAAAAAAUGGUCUAUUCAUGUAUGAUUUUAGGUGAUAUGAGAAAAAAAACCAACGAAUUUUCCGGCUUUUUUCCCUUAUAUUUUUCGGUCUAAUAACGUUUUUCCUGUUUAGACUUGAUUCCACUAACUGAAUUAUAUAAGAAAAUUCGAAACGAAUAGUUUUUCCGAGAAAAAAAGUUCCACGCAAAAUGAAAAAAAUUGGAAGAUUUGCUGGCUUUAUUUUUCCAUUCAAUGAAACAAAUUCAGACCAAAUUUCAUCAUAAAUGAAAUUUGUGAAACAGUAAAGUUGAGUAUCAUUUUAUUCUAAAAUUCCCUGAAAAAAACGUCUUUUUUUCCCACUUUUUUUCUACACAUUUUGGUAAAUUUGAAGCGUCUCGAGUCGAAAAACGAGGAAUUUUCUCUUUUUUUCCAACUACACCAACUCUUUAAAGUCGAUUUUAUUCAAAUUUCAUAAUUAAUAAAAUUUGUGAAACCGUAAAGUUGAAUAUCAUUUUAUUCUGAAAUUCCCUGAAAAAAACAUCUUUUUUUCUCAGUUUUACUACAUUUUCUGCAAGUUUUCAAGCAUCUUAACUCAGAAAAGAGGAAUUUUCUUUUUUUUUCAACCAAAUUUUUGAGGUUUUUGAAGUAGAUUUCAUUCGAAUAUCAUCAAAAAUGAUGAGAACCGAAUAUAUGAGUUCAUGAACUUUUUGAAACAGUAAAGUAAGGUACAAUUUCAUUAAAAAGUCAAAUUUGAAGCGUCUCGAGUCGAAAACGAGGAAUUUUCUUUUUUUUUUAAAGAAUCAAAAGUAUUUCUAAACUAGAUCUAAUUCAGGUUUCAUGAAAAAUCAAAUUUGUGAAACAGUAAAGUUGGGAAUAUUUGCAUUUUCAGUGGACGCUCGUGAUAGGCCGGUCAGUCUUCUCCGUCGAAAUGAAAGCACCUCGAAGGAGAAAAAACAGGAAGACGUGGACCCGAAGACGUCCUACGACAACGUCGCCGCCUUGGACGCCAUCGAUAAGUUCGUUUUCUUUAUUUUUUUAUUCAAAAUGGGGGAAAAACUGCUCAAAAAAAUUCGUAUUUUUUUUCAGCAUAUUUUAACUAUAAAAAAAUUACUUUUUCUUUAUUUUUUUUGGGUGUUGGAAAAAAAUAAUAAAAAAAUCUUGAUUUUCAAAAAAAGCGAUUUUAAUCUAGUUCACAGUUUCAAUCCGGCUUUUUUUGUGGUUAUAGUUUGUACUUUGAUCUAUUAGACUUUAAAUAAUUGAAUUUCAAAAAAAUCAAUAAUCUCGAAAUAUAGACUCAUUAGAUCAAUCUAAAGCUUCAUCUCAACUUCAAAAAAAAGAGCGAAAAUCCCGAAAAAAGAGCCACAAAAGCAUAUCGUUCAAAUUUUUCUUGAAAAAAGUUUUUUUCUUAUUUUGAAUUUGUACAAAAAAAUAAUUGAUUAUUUUCAUCAGGUGAAAAAUCAAUUUUAACUUAGUUCACUGUUUCAAUGCUGCUUUUUUUGGUUUCAUUUUUCAAUAUAAAAAAAUUUUUCGAAGUCUGAAUUUACAAAAAUCUGAUCAUUGGACUUUUUAAAAAAAUUCACGUUUUUUUCCUCUAUUUCCCUAUAAUUCAUUCAAAAAAAUGUGUCAAAUUUUUUUUUAAGUUAUUUUUUUUGAGCCAAAUAGUUCAAAAAAACGAGUUUGACUUGAAAUUCACUCCAAAAAAACCAUAUAAUCCUCAUUUUUUUGCCGUGAAUAUUUCAUGUUUGUCCACAAUAAAGAAUCGUACGAGUUCUAGAAAAAAAGUGAAUUUUUUUAAGGUAUUAUUCGAUUUUAAAAUCGAAAAAAACAAAAAAAUAUUGAACAUAAACAAAAAAAGCAAUUUUAGCCUAGUUCACCGUUUCAAUGCCGCUUUUUUUAUUUUGAAUUUUUGAAUUUUCUAAUAAUUUUUCUCUUUUUUUCGAUAUGGAAUAUGAAAUUACUCGGAAUCUAAUUGAAUUAAAAUAAAUUAACUGGAUCAAUUUUUGUCGGUAUAUGAAAACGGGAAAGAGAAACUAAAAAUAUCUCGAUUUUGUAAAUUUUUAAAAUCUAUUUCUGGUUAUUUUUUUACUGCAGCUUCUCGGAUUAGCUCAGGAUGAUCCAAAUUUUGUUCCCAUCUCUUUUUUUGGAGCUGAAAAUACAAAGAUUGUGGUCUGGACAAUCAACAAAAUGAAUUUUGUGAAAAAAACUAAUCUUUGGAUUAGAUUUUUUUUUAAAUAUAUCCGAAGCCUUUACAGAAUUUUUCGAGCGAAAAAUCUUGAAAUACUUAGUAAAAUGGAUUUUUUUGACCUAUCCCUUUUAAACGGACCAUUUUUGUACCAAUUGGACUUUUUCAAAUAUUUUCCAAGCUUCUACCUAUAGAAAAAAACUCAAAGAGGUCGUUAUUUUGAAAAAUAUUCUCAAAAAAAUCCAGAGUCAGAAGUGUUCAUUUUUUUAAAGAUAGGUGAAAAACCCAAUAAAAAAAGCUCAAAAAAAGAAAGGCGAUUUUCAUUUGAAACAGUGAUUUUUUUGAUAAUUUUAUUUGAUCGUUGAUUUCUGCUUUGCAAGGGAAAAAUGGCGAUUUCGAGCUUGACGUCAUAUUUUCAAACUGAUUCCAAAUCUGGUCUUAAACACUACCCUCAAAAUCUGUGAAAAAAGUUAGACCACAUCUAGUGAACAUAGCCACAUUCAGAAGUCCCACUGUGAGCUCACCAGGGAAUGGUCUCCGGUCGCAGUGGGACCCCCGAAAAAGACCAAGUUCACUAAAUGUAGUUUAAUACCCUGAUUCCAAAUCCGGUCUCAAAAAUUGCCGAGGAGCUCUGUGAAAAAAGUUAUGAACUCUCAAAAGUCGAAGAUUCCAAUGUCUUUGAUCGAGCUCAUUUUUAGGGGGUAUAUAGAUCUCGUCAUUCUGAUAACAUAAAACAAGUCUUUUUUUUUCAAACCAAGUGUUUAUUUUCAAAGCUCCGCCAAGCAUAAGAAAAUAAGUUCAAUCGAAGACACUGGAAUUUUCGACUUUUGAGGGUUCAUAACUUUUUUCACAGAUGUAUUGGGCAACUUUUGAAAACAGAUUUGGAAUCAGCGUAAAAAACUACAUUUAGCGAACUUGGUCUUUUUCGGGGGUCCCACUGCGAUCGGAGACCAUUCCCUGGUAAGCUCACAGUGGGACUUCUGAAUGUGGCUGUGUUCACUAAAUGUGGUCUACCUUUUUUCACAGAUUUUGAGGGUAGUUUUUAGGACCAGAUUUGGAAUCCGUUUGAAAAACUGCAUUUAGUGAGCCUGCUCCUAUUCAGAAGUCUCACUGUGAACUCAGAAAAUUCCUUGUUAAAAAUCAGUUUUUUUCACUGAGCUUUCAAGACCUUCUUUUCAAGCUUCAAAGCGGCGAUUUUGACCUAAAAGUCAACUUUUUUUUUCUGCACGGACCUUGGUAACGGAAAUAAGACGUUUCUGAGCAUUCCUAGAAGUCCCUUUAGGGGGUUCGGAACUCUUAAGGGAUCACUAGAAGGGCUCAGAAACGUUCGAGGUCUACUGAAUCUUUUCGAUCACUGAGUUCUGAGCUUUCCAAAGUCUUUUUGAGCUAGAAAAUUGCGAAUUUGACCUAAAAGCCAAUUUCCACCUUUCUGGACGUUGGUAACGCAAAUAAGAAGUUUCUGAGAAUUUCUAGGGAUCCCUUUAGGGGUUUCGGCAUUUAAGUGAACACUUGAAAUUUUCUAAGCUUUCCAAGGCCUUUUUGAGCUAAAACUCUAUUUUAACAAGCUCGGACCUUGGUAACGCAAACCGGACGUUUCUUAGCAUCCCUAGGGGUACCUUUAGGAGUUUCGGCAUUUAAGGGAUCACUAGAAGGGCUCAGAAACGUCCGAGGUCCGAUUAAUCUUUUAGAUCACUGAGUUUCGAGCUUUACGAAGCCUUUUUGAGCUAAAAAAAUAGCUUUUUUCAAUUAAGAGCCAAUUUUUACCUGCUCGGACCUUAUUAACGCAAACCGGACGUUUUUUAGCAUUCCUAGGGGUUCCUUUAGGGGCUUCGGCACUUAAGGGAUCACUAGAAGGGCUCAGAAACUUCCGAGGUCUGAUUAAUCUUCUAGAUCACUGAGUUUUGAGCUUUCCAAGGCCUUUUUGAGCUCAAAAAUUUUUCGUUUUCUAUCUUGAAGUCAAUUUUUAUAUGCUCGGCCCUUCGUAACUCAAACCGUAAGUUUCUGAGCAAUCCUAGUAAUCCCUUUAAGGGGCGUCAGAGCUCUUAAGUGAUCACUAGAAGGGCUCAGAAACGUCCGAGAUCCGAUGAAUCUUUCCGAUUCUCGAGUCACCCAACUUCUCGAAGAAAAGACGCAAGAAGGUUCUAAUCUCGAGAAUCUUCCCAAAAGACGCGCUUUCGCCGAAAAAGGAAGAGGAGUUGGAAGUGAUGCCAUGGCAACGCCCAGAAGCUCAUCCGCCAUUUCCGUCGGCUCAAAAACGAGAAGACGUACGGGAGAAAAGGGGGGGGGAUGA